CUCCUUGUCCUCUUCCUCCUCACUUGCGCCCUCCAGGGUCUCUUCCGACCCCGAAACCCUAGCCGCCGCCCCGCCCGCCGGUCGCAGGAUGGGAGGCAAGUGCCCGCACCGCAAGGUCAAGAAGCGCCGCCUCUCCCACAAGACGGCGCGCCGCGGCAAGUUCCUCCUCCACGCCGACGACGCCGUCUACGACGAGCUCGUCAAGCUCGCCGACCAGGGCAAGGACGCCGAGGGCAAGCCGCUCCCCGUCGACGAGGACCUCCCUGGCAUGGGACAGUUCUACUGCCUCCACUGCGAUCGUUACUUUGCUGAUGAGAGCGUCAAGGAGGAUCACUACCGCUCGAAACGCCACAAGAAAAGGGUCAAGCAAUUGUCCGGACCAGCGCCACACACGCAACUUGAUGCUGAUCUUGCUGCUGGAAUGGGAUUGCCUGACAAUGGCUUGAAGCUCAUGUCCACCUGAAAUUCAUAGUCAUAGUCUGAUGUUUUUCCUGCUGCCAUACAUCUGUACUAGCUUUGCUUUGGAUCUUGGUCCAUGAGUUACUUGAGAGGUCAGGGAUUACUUUGUUUUGCCCGCCUCUUGCUGUACAACGUCUGUUUGGAUUGAAUAUCAUUCACACAUCAACAAACGUGACAUAAGUCAGUAUGAUUUAGCAAAAGAUUAUUCUCAUGGGCUUGAACACAAGCCAUCUGGGGGCACUUUUAUGGGUUUAUGUAAAUUUGGUUAUGAUUUCAUCAGGCACCAAAAACUGUGUUCAGUUGUC